AAACAAACAAUUUGUUCGUUUAAAAGGAAAUAAAAAUUUCUGUCAAGAUUUUAUAAUCAACUGUGUCAUUGAUAACGUAAAACAAGUAGUUUGAUUAAGUAGUAUAGUUUAAUUCACUUUUAAAAAGUUUUAAUGAUAUUGGCGGCAGUUGGAGGAGUUUGAUAUUUUUUUUUACACUCUUUUAUGCUUUUAAAAAAACGCACGGAAAGUUAGAAAUUUAGAGAAUUUAAAGUUACAAGAAAAUUGUUUUUAAAAUGAAAAGACAAGUUGAAAAAGAUGUUUGUAAAAUAACGAAGAUAGAUGAUACUGUUGUAAAUCAAAAUGUACAACCCAAGGCCGGAAAAUUUACAUUUUGGAACGGUGAUGUUUAUGUUGGAGAGUAUGAAAUAAAUUAUGAUACUUAUCUUUUAGUGAAGCAAGGGAAAGGAACAUACGUUACUGAUAAUUUUGAUGUUUAUCACGGAGAAUGGAACGAUGACACAUUUCCUAGCAGCGAUAUUCAUAUUAAGUAUAAUAACGACGCUCAGUAUCGAGGUCGAAUAGAUUCAAACGGAGUGAUGAACGGUUUAGGAACAUACAUAUUUCCCGAUGGAUCUUCGAUUGAAGCCAUAUGGCGCGAUAAUCAGCCAUUCACAAAUAUUAUUUAUAGAGAACCUCUUGGAUUUGCAUGGAUGGUCGAAGAUGUAUCAACAGAUUUCAUCACGUUUUCCGCUGGGAAUCAUUUUUGGAACGAUAUGAUGUUCGAUGAUAGUACCAUGCCUUCUUCCAAAUCUUAUCGGUCGAAUUGAAAUGAAUUAAUUUAGUUUCUUAAGAGUUUAAUUUUUCAGUCCUCUUUGUACAUCGGAGGAACCGUGUACCGACUUAUCGGUGAUUUAAACAGAGGAUUUUGGUUUAAGCUGAACACAGUUUUCUGCUGUUCUCUCAUGAACUUCUCAUAUUCUCUCUUAUCUUUUAUGGAUGUCCAACACCUGCAUCCGCAUAUAAUCCGCAUAAAUCAUAUUAAUAUCUGUUCCCAAUAAAUUCUAAUUCAAUUAA